CGAGUACGAAUUUUGGUACGAGCUUCGAAGCACUGGUCAAAAGUAUUUAGAAAGGUUGGAAGGCGUAAAUAUACCGGAGAACGUGCCGACAUGAAAAUAAAUUUCCGAUUUGGGGAAUUGGGACGGGCACUUUUUCCUACGUAUACAUUUAAAUACUGCUAAUACAACAUCUUUGGGAUAGAAAAAAGAUGUGUUAUUGAAAAUUGAAUUAAAAGGGAUUUUCGGGAGAUUACCGUUGUGGAAGACUUGACAAGCUUUGACUCAGUCUUGAUUUUUUGAGGCUUUUAGAAAUAGUAUGGUAGAUUGGUCUUGAAUUUGGGAAAAUUUUCGGUCUUGAACAGCUCAAAGUGUAAUACAAUUCUGGCUAAUAAAAGAUGCUUUAGAAAAAAAUAUUUUUUUAACUAAUAUGUACAUAUGUAUGUAUAAUAUAAUUUUAUUUAGAAAUUUAUUGCCGUCAAGUAUGCCCCAAACAACUUCCAUGCCAGAGGGUUGUCGAUGUCCUGAUGGAUUUACUGGGACAGUUUGUGAACAAGUAAUGCCCGGUUAUGGAGCAGAAUGUGGAGGCCGUAUAGAAGUUGGACAAAGUUGGACGAAAAUUUCAAGUCCAAAUUACCCAGGGGAAUUUAGGGAAGGACAGGAAUGUUCGUGGCUGUUAGUUGCUCCUGUUGGACAGAGAGUACAAUUGUAUUGCAAGGUUCGCCAUUCUCUUUGCAUGGACUAUGUUGAAGUGAGGAACAGUACUGAUUUUGCUAAUACCGGAAUGCGUUAUUGCUGUUAUGGAACACCAACAUCCCCAGUACAUUCAGCCACAAACGAUUUACUUGUUCUCUUCCGUUCAUUCUAUCGUGGUGGACGUGGUUUCCAAGCAAAAGCUAAAGCAAUAAAUGCAUCAAGAAACGGCCAAUGGAGUGAGUGGGGGGAGUGGACAGAAUGCAGUGCUACUUGUGGUGGUUGUGGGUUGAAAAGAAGAAGUCGAAAAUGUUUAAAUGAAAUAAAUAAUACAAAAACAAAUAAUGAUGAAAAUGGACAAAAUUUCAAUGGAAAUGAAGACAAUGAAUUAAUUUGCUUGUUGGUUUUGCUGUGA